AUGACCCGAGAAGGCAAAUGUGACGUCUGUCGAAAGCGGAAAGUCAAGUGCGAUGAGGUCCGUCCCCUAUGCGGUGCCUGCAGUAAGAAGAAUCGGACAUGUACAUAUGGGCACGCCACACGACGGCCAUUCGUUGCAUUCGUCGACGUCAAGGUGUCGAAUGUGCCAACCAGUGCCUGCUACUCUGCUGCAGCAGAAAUGUCGCUGGGCGACCAAUCACCAGGUGAUGACAAGCCAUCCUUUCCCGGCACUGCGACACUUGUGUUGAGGUCCUCCUCAACGAGGGACUGGUCUCCCUCACGCCCACGUGCAAGUAGGCCGAAGAAGCCAGAACGGAAAAGAUCAGCACAAAGCUCAGAGCGGAGUCUCUCGACUCAAUCGACUCGUACAACCGGCACUCCGGGUCGAUUGCUGCUAGUCCCAGAUCCCACAAGCCCUGAGCUCUCCCUUGCCCUACGUUGGAGGUCUUGGAGUGAGCUUGUCUGCCCUGGCGAAGCUCACCCAUACCUCGUUGGCGAAUACCUCGAGCAAAUGCCCCAACUUCUUGGCAAUGCUCCAGGAGUCGAUGCUAGUAUCAAGUGUGCCUUCACGAGUUCCUUGGCUGUGCUCAAUCGGCAUCGGCCAGACAAUUAUGUCGACGCUUGUGCGCUUGCUGUCCGUGCGGUGUCGGCAAUGCGUGCGACGGCUUCGACUGCGCUGCAAAAUUCGAUGCUGGCUACUUACACUUUACUCGCACUGGCCCUUCUCAACUUGGCAGAGGCAUUGAUGAACGUGGUCCAGCAAACGCAUCUGUUCAACCCUCCAGACGUUACACCGAUCUUAGUCAAUGCAACUCAAGACGGCCAGCAUGUCGAUCUUUUGCUGAAGCAGAUGUUCUGGGCCAUGGCGCCGAAAGAGUUCCUAGUCUCGGUCUUCCAGGACCGCGACUCUCCCUUCGACAAGCCAGCUUGGUUGCAACAUGAUGUUCCGCCUAUAUUACACUGUCAAUUUCCUCGCGCAGAAGAGGUAGACCGAUACAACAAGACUGCAAUGAUCCGACUUCCACGGUUGAUCCGUCUAAUACGUAGCCUUCGCUAUGAUCCCUACAGCUAUGAUCUGCGGGACGAAGCUGCAGUGCUGGCAUUAGAGCUGUUCGUGCCGAAUCUAGAUGACUGGCUAGCCAAGUGCAGGGCCAAAGGACUGAUACGCCCAUCCACAUCACCGCUGCCAGGAUCCGCUAAAGCCACCAGCGAUAAUCUACGUCCGCCGUUAUCAUCGUCGGUCCCAGCCAUCACCUUUAGCACAUGUCGACUGUACAUGCGCUUCCAGCAAUACCACUCCGUCCGAAUCAUUGUCAGUGGAUGCGUCCAGUCUCUGCUUCGGGCCUGUCCAGAGAUAUCGGCGCAACAUCCCAGUCUCAAUGCAGUCACGGCAGCAAAUGUCGACAUAGACUCAGCGUCGCAGCUAGCUGCCUGCUCGGACUAUACCGCUCAAGACCCAUCGUCCAUGCAGCUGCGGCAGCUGCACUACAAGUGGCCGCUGAUCUUCAGCUUUGGGACGUGGCAUCGGCUGGAGCACAGUGAGCGUCCGGCGAUAGCCGCCGACGAGCAUGUUGACUGUGAUGACUACUUCAGCAUUCCACCGCGCGCUCCUGGCCUUGAUUCAGCGACCUCUGUCGUGACAGCCAGGGCGAUGAAGGACUGGAUCGUGAAGCGAGUCGUUGGGGCACAGGUGGCUGGUAGUAGUAAUGAGCUAGAUGUGAAUGUCAUGAGUGGUGUGAUCGACUGGCGGUUUCCGAACACGACAAGGUGGAAUGAGGAUGGGAUGAGCUGGCUUAGUGAAGUGCUCGCUGGUGGGAGGUUGGGAGCUUGA